GGUGGCGGCCGGCUGCGGGGCCCGGAGCGGAGACCGCGCCUCCCGGGAGAAGCUCAUCGUGGCCUUGAAGGCGUUGGGAAACAUCGGCAUUUCCACAGAGGCAUUGCGGGAAACUUUUCAGAGGUGCAUCGAAGACUCAUCUUUGCCUAUUGACGUUAGGAUUGCAGCCAUCGAGGCACACAGGCGGAUGCCGUGCGAGGAGCACCGCGACUACUUCCUGGGGCUCUUCCGGGACGAGGCCCAGGACCCGGAGCUGCGCAUCGCCUCCUACCUGGAGGUGAUGAAGUGCCCCACGUACAUCGUCAUCAAGACCAUCAAGCACGCCCUCAGCUCGGAGCAGGUCAACCAGGUGGGGUCGUUCGUGUGGAGCCACCUCGAGAACCUUCUUCACUCGUCGAUCCCGAGCCGCGUCGAGAUCCAGGGCCUGCUCCAGGACCACGACCUCGGCCGCAAGUUCAGCCGCGACAUGCGCAAGUUCUCGCGCAGCUUCGAGGGCUCCAUCUUCCUCGACGAGUACAACGCCGGAGGUAGCGUCGAGAGCAAUGUUAUUUUCUCCCCUAAGUCGUACAUACCUCGUUCUGCGAUGUUGAACCUCACCCUGGACCUGUUUGGAGAGUCUAUCAACGUGUUUGAGGUGUCCGCGCGCGCGGAGGGCUUCGAGCACUACGUGGAGUCUGUGUUCGGGCCCAAGAAGCCGCUCAACGCCCGGGUGGUGGAGGACCGGCUCCAGAGUUACCUGCGGUUGGUGCGCAGCGCAGGCGACGGCGACUCCCUCCCGGACCGGGUCCGCAACAUCUCCAAUGUCGUGCGGGAGAACAGGGACACCCCGCAGGUGAAACUGGGAUUCAAAAUUUUUGGCAACGAGUUCAGCUAUAACACAUUUGUGGGCAUGGAAGAGAUUAUGUCUGCUCUUUCGUCAGUGAACCCUGUGAAUAGAAUACAGCAGAUACUGUCUGGGAAGGAGAUAAACUUCAGCAAGGCGAUGCUGCUGUUGGACACGACCUACGUGGUGCCCACGGGCGUGGGGCUGCCUGUCUCCUUGAACGCCGUAGGGACCGGCGCCAUGAACGUGGUCCUGUCCGGCCUGCUCAAGGCUUCUGACUUCCUCACCACCCGCCACCUGGACAUCGAGAGCAAGAUACACCCGAGCAUUGCGCUUGACGUGGUCGGUACAAUGAGCGUGGAUGCGUACUACGCCAGCACAGCCAUCAAGCUGAAAACGAACCUGUACACGUCGACUGCAGUCGAAGGUCAGCUGAAGGUCAGAGGUGCGCGGCUGGUCAGCCUCAACUUCAACCUGCCCAAGAACAAGGCGGAGAUCUUCACCGCAGAGUCAGAGCUGAUCGUGGCGAGGGGCGGGGAGGAGGAGCCGCAGAUCGGGAUAACCGAGGGGCGGACGGACGCGCACGUCUGCACCUGGACCUGGCUGGACAAGACGCUGGGGCUCCAGUUCUGCGGCGACCUCCAGUUCCCCAACGCCAGCCUCAACAAGAACGCCUCCGACUUCAUCCUCAACGGCCCCACCAAGUUCUCGCUGUCCCUGCAGAAGGCCGAUCCCACUGCCAAGAAGUACUUGCUGGAGUACAAAUGGGAGUCCAACGACGACGCGACGGUGGUAAGCCUGGUGUUCGACACCCCGGGGUCGAGCGUGAAGCGGGAGGUGAGCGCCCGUCUCAACCUGGACAAGGACAGCCAGAACCUCACGCUGGUGCUCAACACGGGGAAGAACACCUACACGGCCGUCGGAAAUUACAAGAAUGAGGAAAAUGACCGAUUCAUGGCGGUCAGGAUAGAUACCAAUGGGGAGAGAAGUUUCGAUGCGCUCGUAGGGUUAAAGCGGACAGAAGAAAAGCACGGUUCUAGUUACUUUCCACGACUCUACAUCGUCAUAAGAAAUGAAACGAUUGUGGAGUUGAAAGGCUCGCUCCAGUGGGUGCGGAAGCACGGGGUGUCGCAGUGCACGGUGGACCUGCAGUUCGACACCAAGCGCGUCAGGACGCAGCUCCACGGCUACGUGCAGCGGGGCGACGCGCUACUGUCCCUCGUCGCGGAGCUCAACUACACCCUGCACGAUGGGCAGCCGCCAGAGCGGGUGCGACUGGAGGCCGGGGUGAGCCGGCGGCCGUCUCCCGGGCGCGAGGCGGCGGCCGACGUCGAGGGCGAUCUGCAGCUGGCGUCGUCCGUCUACCCGCACCUCAACUUCGUGUCCGCCUUCAAGUACCGGCAAAUCAAAGGCCACAUCGACCUGUUGGCCGAGAUAAAUGCCGGCCUGCAGAUGAAGGACGAGCGGAACAAGCUGUCUCUUCACUUCGUCUUCAUAGAGUUCAAGGCGUAUGAGGGGAACAAGAUAAGCGCCUCUCUUCAGAUCACGAAGCCCAACAGGAACAUCGACAUCAAGACGAGCGUGACGUACAGCAUCAUCGGGGCAACGGUCACUUUCGAAGUACGAGUUAAAUAUGCCAAAGAGAAAGAAGUUAUAACACUAUUAAGAUUGAGUUUCCCAAGAAGUACUAGAUUUUCAUUUCAAGGUCACUUGAAUGUUACUGUGCCUUUGUAUAGACCCAUGAUAUUGAACACAGACAUUACUGAAAAAGAAAAGAAUGAUUAUGAGGUGGACGUGUUCGCGACCUGGUUCAGCGGGAGCAACUACACGGUGAAGGGCUUCUACCAGGACCGGUCGACGGUGAAGGAGCUGAGCCACUCCCUGAAGCUACUGGCCUCGUCGACCACCUUCAGCGACGUCAUUCUCAUCGGCAAGUUGCACCACAGCGACUCGGAGUUCAAGCUGAGCGCUGAGGCGAACCAGAACGACAACAAGUAUGCAGUUCUGCUGAAACGUGCGACGAUCUCGCAAGAUGAGUUUGAGUCGUACGUCGAGGUGUGGUAUAAGGACAGCGUGUACAGCGCCACCAUGGCGGUCAACUUCUUCGAGAGGAAGCAACUGAAAGUUGAACUUCAUCUCGACAAGUACAGAGACAUCCACAUGCAGGUCAGAGCCCUGUCGAGGCCCGAGCUGAAAGUCGCGGACUUUGAACUGAAGUGGGACGCGAACCGCGACCCGGGGCAGAAGUUGUCGACCGGCAUCGAGCUCGUCGUUCACCGCCACCUCAACUACAGCACCAGCUUCGUCGUGUCUUUCCCGGGGAGGAGCGUGCACGGAGAGGCGGACGUCUCGCUGACGGGCACGCAGUACAAGUCGUCGGCGCACGUGGAGUGGAGCCCCCAGGACGCCGUCCACACGGAGACCACGGUGCUGUUCGAGAGGGAGGACGCGAUACUGCUGCAGGUCAGCUCUCACGUGCGGACGCCCUUCGAGCACUGGAAGUCCGCCAAGGUCGCCGGAGGGUUUCUGUACAAGGGCGACAGGGUCCGUGCGAACGGCACCAUGGAGUGGCAGGAGGACCAGCGCAUCUCUGCGGGCGUUUCCGGGGAGUACUCCCGGUCCGAGACGGACUUCCGGGCGGAGUUCAACACGUCCGUCACCAGCUCCAUUCCCCAGGUGACGCCCAUGUCCUUCAGCUUCUUCCACAAGCAGGACGCGGACCACGUCGACACCAACUUGUACAUGCAGUACAAGUCGGAGCACACCUUUGGGGCGCGCAGCACGUGGGAGAUGGCGCGCGAGCAGACGUGCACGAACGUGUCAGGGGCGGUGCUCCUGCUGACGCCGUACGCCGGCUACAGGCGGGGCAGCAUGGUGUGUGCCCUGGUGGUCACAGAGGACUGGGACAUGAGCGCCGGGGCGGACGUCAACAUCGACAGGAGGAAGUACACGCUGUCUGCGGAAGGGCACCUGAAGGACCUGAGCGACAGCAUGCUGGUGUUCAACCUGACGACGCCGAUUCACAACUACACGCGCGUCCAGGGCCGGCUCGGCUACUCCGAGGCUCGGAGGCACCUGGUGGCGGAGGUCACCAGCCCCCACGAGGUCAUCGGCGUCGAGGUCAUCUUCGACUGUGCCAGCUUCCACCGCUUCGACGUGAAGCUGAGCUUCGCGCCGGCCUUGGAGUUCCUCAACAGGACGCUGCUCGUCGCCUCGCUCAACGGGCAGAAGGCUGACUUCAGGAUCGGGUUCAACAGCCUCAUGGUCGGGUUCACCGGUGUGUCCCGCUUCGUCAGUUUCACGGACCUGGAGUACUCUUGCAAAGUGUACACUCCGCUGCUAGGCUUUGAGGAGAACGGCGUCACCCUGCGGCUGGUGUACACAAACAAGUUCAACGUUGACUUUGAGUGCGGGGCCCACGUCACAGAUACCAAGCUGGGGGUGAAGGCACGCGCGGCGGACAAGCCGCGGAUCUUCCGGGAGCUGCCGCGGCAGCUGACGGCCGGGGCGCUGGAGGACCGGCUGGCUGCCGGGGGCGACCCCGGGGGGGCCGGCGGUGCGGAGGGGGACGACGACUACGGCGACUACGGCGAGGAGGAGGAGGAGGCGGUGAGCUGGGCGGGGCUGCUCGAGGUCGACACGGUGCUGUACCCCACCAUGCGCGCCCAGCUGGACGUGGACGAGAAGGGGUCGCUCUACGUCGUCGCCGGGUCCCUCACGCUGCCCGACGGCACCGCGGAGCUCUACGACGAGUUCUCCUUCGUGGAUUACUUCGACAUGUCAAACCACUUAGAGCUGACCACGCCAUGUGACUGCUUCAAGGAGUUCAAGGAACAGUUCAAGUUCUACCUUGGAGUCGGAGGACAGAUGCAGAUGCUGCAUGAUUUUAGAGCAAAAAUCAAUAAUCACUGGCACAAGUUGGGGCUGACCGUGAACCACACCUACGAAGUGCUGGACGAUGCCGGCUCGGUGGGCGUCCGCUCCGUCGUGGUGAAGCUGUACACCCCGUUCGACGCCGUGCGGAAGUGCGACCUGGCGACCAUGAUGAUGGUCAACGGGAGCAGGUUCUCGGGGAACGUGACCAUCGAGACUGCCAACAGCAGCUUCGUGUGCAACGGCGAGUUCCAGAAGCUGCCAGGUUACUUGAGCGGGCAGGCAGAGUUGGCGGUGGAUCUUCCCGUCUUCAGGAUCCUGCCCGUCAGGACGGCUGUGCUUCUGGACCUGAACAGCGCUGUGAAGCAAGUCGAGGUCGAGGCGUAUGACGUGGACCUGGAGCAGAGCUUGUUGGCGGUGCAGCUGUCGUGGCAGCGGGACGGAGACCGGACGCUCCAGGCGAGCGGGCGGCUGGCGGCGCCCUCGCUCGCCCUUCCCGGCGCGAGCGGCAGCCUGACGUACGCGAGCGCCCCGGAGAGGGGCUUCCAGCACCUCGCCGCCCGGGCCCUCUUCCGGCGGCAGGAGUUCGUGCUGAACGGCAGCCUGGAGGGCGAAGCGCUCGUCGUCGAAGUGCAGACCCCCAUCCGCAAGCUCAGGAACGGGAGGUUGAGCGGAACUCUCACCUCCUCCGGAGCCGGAGUCAGUCUCUUCCGAGGGACCUACUCCGAUGUGGACCUGCAGGCGGAUGUCUCCGGGGACAUACGAUUGGUGCCCAGCAAACUGCUUCAGCUGAACUUCGUAUUUGUACCAGAGAUGGCAGACUAUGACUAUAAAAUUGGAUUACUUUUGAAAAAGAAAGAUCGUGACUAUGUCGCUUCUGCUGCAUUGUUCCAUCCUUACGGCAUAACUUACAACGCCAGCAGCAUUCUCACGGCCCGCUCUGCGACCGACUGGACUAUUGAUGCUGAUUUGUCCUUGGCUGAAGGCAUAACUCCAAAGCACGAGUUAAUCAGCGGGCGCGGCAAGUUUGCGAUGCUGAGUUUUGACAACAUUUCAGCUGAAUUCGACGCUGUGUCAGGGAUAGAAAAUUUUGAGAAAGUGAAGUUCGUAGGUAUUCACCAGAAGACUUCGAAAACCGGAAUGAUGAAGACAUUGUUCGACGUGGCGCAACAUAGGGGUGAGUUCACGGGCCGGUGGUCGUGGUUCUUCUUGGAGAACAUGAUGCUGAACGUGCUGACCAGCUACCGGUCGCCGAGCUCCGACAGGCACGCCCGGGCGGAAAUGUUCGUCCGGAACCCCAGGAAGUCGUACGAGCAGCUCACCCUCGGAUACGACCUCAGCCUCAACCGGGACAGCUGGCAGGCCGGGGCCAACUGCUCGAUGAGGCUCGUCUCGAGCAGCGACGUGUCGGCGACGGUGAACCUGAAGCUGCCGCCGCCCGGGCCGGAGGUGCACUCGGCCCACGGGGAGCUGCGCUACUCCAAGGACUUCUCCCGGGUCUUCCAGGACGCGUGGUACCGCGCCUACAACGCCCGGAUCAAGUACCAGCUGACGGGAGAGGUGACCAACACGGGGCGCGAUUUGGACGCAUCCUACGCAGUCACUUGGGGCGCGAAGAGCUUCAGAACCAUCAACAACAUCGUCAACGUGACUCAGGAAGGAGACCUGUUGGACGUCUCGUACGUGCUGAGGACUCCCAAUUAUCAGGAGGACACGUUCGUCACCAAGCUGUACCACAACCGCCAAGGCGACAAGCGCAACAUCAGAGCGAACGUGUACUGCCCCUCGAGCAACCCGUUCCUGACGGCGCUCGUCAACUACAAGAACCUCGGCAACAUGGACGGGAUGGUGAAGACCAACACCCCGGUCGAAGCCUUGUCCCACGUCGGAGUCAACUUCAGAACCUUGACGCAGCUCGGCGAGAACCAGAGAUACGCGGAGGUGUUCUGGCCAAACAACACAGCCUUGCUGGACUCCCGCUACACCUACGACAAGACCAACACGGAGACCUCCAUCGUCGGCUCGGCGGUGGUGGAGAUACCAGUGGCCACGCGGCACAUCGCCCGGGUGGAGUACGACUACAAGGAGAAGCCGCUCAACACGACGGGGCACGCCUCCGUCGAGUACAACGGGGACCGGUUCGUGGAGGCCAAGUACAGGUGCGACUCGGAGUCGUCGGCGGGGUUCGAGAAGGACGUCGUGAACGUGGAGGUGGAGAACGGCUUCACUCCCGUCGGCAUAUUCUACGUGCACCAGUUGGAGUACAGCGCGGGCGUGGCGGGCUCGAACCUCCCCACCACGGAUAAGAAGCAUGUGGAAGUCUUCAAGUUGCGUGACAAGAAGAGCUUCAAUUUGACGGGCGAGUUGGAUGUUAGGAGUUUCCUCACUGGGAAAAACAUAACUAUUAAAGCGUUCCACGUGAACAAGAUGGCCAAGUUCAGCACGGAGUACGAGUACCUGGACCAGGAGUACCGGCAGAAGUCCCGGUGCGACCUGGCGCCCCACGUGUGGGCCAGCUACGACUUGAAGAUCCUCAACAAGACCAAGGACGACAGGAAGGAGGAGCAUCUGGAACUGGACAUCUUGUACCCGCGGCGGGACUUCAACAUCAAGGGCUACUACCAGCUGACCAAGUACCUGUUCUCAUCGGAGGUGUCCUUGGCGUGGGACAAGCUGGUGAGGACCAAGUCCCUGGGCGCGUCCCUCGACUGGAAGAGGCUGAGCGACGGGCAGAACCGGCAGCACGCGGUCGUCAGCAUCAAGCACCCGUCCUUCAAGAAGGAUGUGACCUUGAACGCACAGUACGUGCGCAACAGCAGGUCCGUCGUGGACCUGUCGUCCAACCUGAUCUACUCCUCCGACGACAGGAAGAACUUUGUGCUGACGGGCAGCGUCCAGGACAACUCCGUCCCGCCGCUGAGGAAGUACGACCUGGCCAUCGUGGGCAGCCACCCUGAGACACACCUGGACAUGAAGCUGAAGAGCGCCGCGCAGUGGGACGGCCACGUGUACAAGGCUCACGGCACGGCGCACUACAAGCGCACGUACUUGCCGCUGCAGAAGGGCGAGUUCCUGCUGCUGCUGGACAAGCUGGAGAAGGAAUUCGAGUUUGAGAAGAAAACGCUGAGGGAGCUGUCGUUCCUGCGAGCCAAAUUCGAACCCGACCACCCAGUCUACACCCUGACGGGCGCCCUCAAGAACGGGACCAGCACGCUCGACGCCAACGCUCUCUUCUACAUAGACUUGCGGGAGAAGCUGGUCGAAGGGACAGUCAACUACACUCCAGAGGCGACCGAAAACUUCCAAAUGUAUGGGAAGAUACCAGACUCGAGGAAUGCAGCCUUCAAUGCGUGGAGGAACUACGAAGAUGCCAGCAUCUCGGAUGCUUCUUUCUACCUGCGGCUGAACCACUCCCACCUGGUCACCUCCAAGAUGGUGUGGCGUCCUGAGAUCACCAGCGAGCUGAAGUCCCUGGUGGAGGAGUGGUUGUCGGCGAUCGUGACCAGCGUCGUCGAGUCCGUCAACUACUGGAAGGUGUACGUGCGGUCGGAGACCAAGGAAGCCAUCAACGACAUCUGGCUCGACGCCAAGUCGGAGAUGCAGCCCUUCCUCGACGACAUCAGUGAGCUACAUGUCCUGGUAGAUGAUUUGGAAGACUUCAAGAAAUUUCUCAACGAGUCGUACUACGCAAAUGACUUUUACAUUCAAGAUGUGGUUAAAGUGUUAAAUUUUCUCGUGGAUGAGUUUUCGCUAAGGGGCCACGUGGACUCCGUGCCGAGGAUCGUGAACGAGAUCUGGGCGGUGAUGGGCGAGUCUGGCGAGGCAGCGCAUCGCUCCGUCACCUGGAUCAUCGAGACCAUCAAAGACACUUACAAGAAAGUGGUGGACUUUGUGAAAAGUUUUCUGAAAGGUGACUCAACAGAAUAUGUCUCGGCAAUCCUUGAUGACGUCGUAGAAAAGUAUGACAAGUUCGUGAAGGACAUCCACCUGUCGUUCGUGAAGCAGCUGGAGGACUUUUGGAGCACCAUGUCGAAGGCUCUCCAGGAACACUGGAACACGUUCCUGGAGACUGUCGAACCGACGUUCAUCCACGCCAUCCACUACCUCGAGGCGCUCGCCUGGAAUGCCAGCAAAGAGAUCACGGCGUUCCUGUACGAGCGGAAGCUCGACAUAGUAGAUUCAUACUACUACAACCAGUUUGCGAACCUCACCCAGGACAUUGACAGGAUAUACCGUGACAUCAAUAAGAACGAUAUCAUCACAAACAUCAGGAAGUACUCCAAACUGAUAUUUGAGUUCGUCAAGGAGAAGUACUUUUCUCUUGUCCCCUUUGGUAAGGAACUAGAAGAGAUUCUCUCGGAAAUUAUUGGUGAGUUUCGUGAGCUGGGGAAGCUGCCAUCAGUCCACUAUGCCAUUGAAACAUACAACACCUUAUAUGCUAAAGUGGCGUGGGUGUACGAGUACCUGGACGUGGGCGGCCGGCUCCAGUACGCGGUGGCGCUCCUGCACUCCAAGCUGACCGACAUGACGCAGACGGCGCUGCAGGCCGAGAGCAGGUACCGGGAAGCUAAAACAAAAUUCAUAUUCGAUCCUGAGAAUGGCCGGGUUGAGUUGGAGCAGAAGCUGCCCAUGUCUUGGCAUGCCUUCAACGAGACCCCAAAGUUCGAGGAGAUCCCAGAAUAUAAAAUGAUAACAAGCAUUCCUACCUUUUUGGCAUUUUCAAAUGUUACAUUCUGGUCUCUGUACUACGAAUACAAGCCGUUCACGGACCCGACCAAUUGGCUGCCGCCGUUUAGAGCCCAGGCCAUGCUCGCCGGCCCGCAGAACUUCGUGACCUUCGACAAGCGCUUCUUCCAGUUCCGCGGCUCCUGCGCCUACCUGCUGGCCAAUGACUUCGUCGACUACAACUUCUCCCUCGUCGUCAGCUACGACGGCCAGGGGAGCGAUGAGUACGAGAUCGCACUCGUCGUGGGCAAGGACAUCGUCCUGAUAAACCUCUUCCGAGAUUCCGUAGUUGUCCAGAAGGAAGGAGUGAAGAAGCUACCCGCACAGCUCAAGGACACGUACGUCUACCAAGAAGCGGAGAUGGUCUACAUCGAGAACUCGAACGGAUUUACCAUCCAGUGCAACAUGAAGUUUGACGUUUGCACGGUCGUUCUUGAAGGCUGGUACUUCGGGAAGACUGCGGGGCUGCUGGGCACGAUGAACAACGAGCCCGGUGACGACGCGCUGGCCUCGUCGGGCGCUCCGGAGCCCGACCUGGGGCGCCUGGCGCGCAGCUGGUCCGUGGGGCCGGCCGCCUGCGCCUCCGACCGGAACCUCGCCGCGGUCCCGCGUGCCCCCGUCGACCCUACGGUCGCCGACGUCUGCCGGGCGCUGUUUCAGUCCAAGGCGUCCGACUUCGCCACCUGCUUCCCUGUGCUGGACCCAGCGCCCUUCCUGCACAUGUGCCUGAGCAGCCGGGACGCGGAGAUGCGGGACCCUUGCACCGCCGCCAUGGCCUACAUGCAGGCCUGCCUCAUGGAGAACACGCCCCUCCGGAUACCAGACGUCUGCGUCAGGUGCCGGGACGCCGCCGGCCGGGAGCUGGUGGAGGGCAACUUCCAGAAGCUGGAGGGGGAGCGGGUGCCUCGCUCCGGAGACGUGGUGUUCCUGCUGGAGGGGAAGGCGUGCAACAGGGACGUGCGCGCCCGGCGGAACCUGGACGUGCUUCUGGCGGCCGUGGGCAAGGAGCUGGCAGCCGCGGGGCUCGUCGACAACCGAUACGGGCUGGUCGUGUUUGGAGGGGAGGGAGUGUACGACCAGCCUCGCAGCGUCGUCGUCGGCAACAAAGUCUUUGCCACCCUGGAGCAGUUUGGACAGUACUUCGACAACAUCCCAGUCGGGAUGGGCAGCAACGACACCUUUGGAGCCAUCCGCUAUGCAGCACGGCUGAUGUUCCGCCCAGGGGUGUCCAAGACGUUCGUGCUCUUGCCGUGCUCCAACUGCGACUCCGCCAACAUGACGUUGGACUACACGGUGCUUCACCAAGUUCUUCUCGAGAGUGAUAUAACCCUCCAUAUAAUAAUGAGCGGUAUUUUCAAGCUGGACAAGGCCAAGUUCAACAAGGCAUUCUACGGCAUCGACACAAACACGGCCUUCACGAAGAAUGAUGUGAAGCAGCUGAAGGGAUCCGUGGAGCUGCGCAGGCAGGUGAAGAUGCCCAAGUCGCAGAUCGGUCUGUGCGCGCCUCUGGCCCUGGAGACCAAUGGGACGAUCUUCAGCGUGCGCAAGCUGGAGGCAGCGAAGAAGAAGGCCGCCAAGAAGAUGGCGACGGUGUUUGCGCGCCGGCUGGCGCUCACGGCGGGCCCCGGAGAUUGCCAGACCUGCGAGUGCACGGCCGACAACAACGGCAUGAGCUUCAUGGAGUGCUUCCCGUGCCACGUGCCCGCGCCAUCCUCCGUCGACUACGAGGAGUUCAUUACAGAUGACGAAGAUCUGGAAACUUUCUUAUAUGACGACGCAGAGGAAGAGAAGUGAAUGAAGUUUUGCAGUUUGUUGCAUUGAGUAAUUAAGUUUAUUUAUGUCUGAAUGUAAUUAUGUAUAUAUUUUUACAAUCAUUCAUUUAAUUUAUAGUAUUAUAAAAACGGGGACUGUCACUAGACUACAGAUAAGUUUAAUGUAAAAAACAAAAUAAGAAAGGAUAACUAGUGUUAGCUUUUGUACGUCAGGUUAGGAUCUGCAGAGAAAUUUCUUCUUGUACUGGUUUUGUUUGUAUGUAUUCAAUAGAUUUGUGAAUGUUUUCAUGUCUAUCAAAAUUUAGUGUUAUUCUGGGUAUAUUUAAGUAGUUGAAGAUAUUCUUAAAAUUUCAGAUGUUUACAAAAUAAAUUAAUAAAUGAUUAAUAAGAUAGCAUUUUGAGCUACCAUAGAGUUUCAACAGACAAACUAAUUAUCAUCCUUUUCCUUUUUCAUCCCUUUACAUUUAUACAGUAUAACCUCAUUUUUAUAUAUUUCAAGGGACCAGGAAAUAAAUAUGUAAAAACUGGGAAAAUGCAAAAUGAGGGAAAUGUUCAAAUUUUUUUUAUCAUCUCACUAUAUGGGAAACAAUAAGAAAAUAUAUACCACACUAAAUAAUAUGUCAGAGACUGUUACAUUUUUAUAUAUUAACUAGAACUUCACUAUCUCACAUAAUUAAAAUUAUAAAUAUAUCCAAUAUCUGCGUUCUUCAUUAUUGCCGAAAAUUAAACAUGACAUUUGCUGUUCUUGUGUAAGAGAAUAAUGUUGAAGCAUCUUGAUAUAGCCACUUGGUCUGCUGAAAUUUUGUAACAAUUGAUUUUUGAACUUUGUAUUUAAUUACGUGUUAAAGUUAUAUUAAUUUCAGAUUUUUUGAGAAAUAAUACGAUAAAACGAUAGCUACCACCAUCAAUAUAAUUGUUUACGUUGAGGAAUAGAAGUUAAAUUGUCAUUGCAUUGUUUGGAUAUUCAUUGCAGCCAUUUGACUUUUCAGAAUGUUUCUAAUGUGUUAAAAUGAACAUCGCCGAAUAUGCACGAAG